UCUUUGUGAAGAUUUUGUUCCAGGAACUUUGUGCUUAUAUGGGUUUGCCAAAACUGAACGAGAGACUGAAGGACAUGACUCUUCAGUCUUUCUUCGAGGGUCUUUUCCCACGUGACAACCCGAGGAACACUAGAUUUGCCAUUAAUUUCUUCACAUCAAUUGGCCUUGGAGGACUUACGGAUGAGUUGAGAGAACACCUGAAGAAUGCUCCUAAGAUGAUCAUGACCCAGAAUCAGGACGUUGAGUCAUCUGAUUCUUCCUCCUCUUCCUCUUCCUCUUCAGACGACGACUCAUCUUCAGAUUCCUCAUCUGACAGUGACCACAGCGACUCAGAUUCAUCCAGCGACUCGGACUCCUCCUCCAGCAGUGACAGCUCCUCAGGUAUCAAAACCAUCUGA